AGUUGAGACCCCGAGGCUCGACAUGCCCAACAAGGCAUUUCUUGCCGGACUAGUGGUGUGGGGUCUCCACAUCGCCGACCAAUAUAGUACGAACAACGGACACCAUCGUCACGUAAAAAAUUGGAUAAGACGGCGUCUUGUUCUUAGUUCACUGGAGUCGGAAUAGGAGGGGUAGAUGACGAAUGAUAUAAGACUCCCCACAUGAAUAUAAUUCUUCAUCACCAAAAUCACGAUAGUAACUGAGCGCCUUAUACACGACGACCGUCCCAAGUUUCUGUGCCGAGGCAAGGAAAGGAAACACAAAACAAUAUGGCAUCAAAACCGCCAGAAUCGCCCCUCAUAGUAGACCUCAAAUCCUCCACAACAAACCCCCCAGAAUCCUUCCCCGAACAGUCCCGCGGCAACGCAACAUGGCACACCCUCGUCUCCGCCCCCGGCACGGUAACCGACUCCCUCAGCUCCGGCGUGGCGACCUGCCCGCCUAACGGCAGCCUGGCGCUGCACCGCCACAAGCAGGCUGAAAUCUACUACGUGCUCUCCGGCAGCGGGAAGGUUGAGAUCAACGGCGUGCGGCACGCCGUGUCCAAGGACCAGCUGGUGUGGAUCCCCGGGGACGCGGAGCACGGUGUGUUUUGCGGCGAAGGGGAGACCAUGACGUGGCUUUAUGUUUUCCCGGAGGGGAGGUUUAGUGAUAUUGUGUAUCGGUUUAAGCAUGAGGUUUUGGGGGAGCCUGAGAUUCGGGCGAAGCUUUGAUAGGAUGGCGGUUCUGGGUUGGGAGUUAUCGCUAUGUGUAAGGAGACGCGUUGGGACGUUGGGACGGGAUCCUUAUAUGCAAGGUCGUGUGGGGGUUUUCAAGGACACGGAUUCUUGAUGGAAGAAUAUACAUGCUGAAUGAGGAGUGGGAACUCCAAUAGCCUGCGUGGACGAACCUCCCAUGUGCGUGCUCUAUGAGUGUUUACUGCGCAGUAGGAGCAAGAGCCUCAAACUCCUUUACACCAACACCACCAUACUGCCCAUUCCCACCAGAAGCCACCAAAACCGCACGAAUACUCUUCGUCGAAACCUGGCUAAAGUUGGCAAUUGCAGGGUUAUCCG